AUGAUAGAUAAAAUAAGAUCAUUUCUUCCAUCUCCUAGGUCGCUGGAGCCAUUAGAGCCCUUGAAAAAGAGAGUUAAAAGGAAGGAACGACCUUCAAAAUGCAUUCUCUCAAGAUCAAUCUACGAGGAAACAGACCUUUCAAGACUCACACCCAGGCAGAGAUUGCUUCAUCAAAAGUAUCAGGAAAACAAAAAUAAUGUAUCAAGCUUUUUUCUUCUUUCAAACAAUAUCCCAAUAGAAAGACAUAUUGAUAUCAAACCAAAAAAAUUGAAUGAAGAAGCUCCUAGUAAAUCUACGGAUAAAUCCAUAGAACUUGAUUGCGAAGCCAAUUGGAAGGUUAGAGAUGGCAAUAGCCUACAGGAAGAAAAGAACUUUUUAAUUUUAACUAGUGACCUGUAUAAUAGCUCGUACAAAGAUAUUGAAGAGGAGCAAAGCUCAUCAGAAAGUAACGAUGAGGUGAUAGAGGCAGCAGAAAUAGAAUCUCCCUUUCGUAGUAGGAUACCCGAAAAUGCUAGUGAUAAAGAUCAUCAUAUCUGCAAAGAUUGUUUCAAAGAUGCCGUGGAAAUAUAUUACAUCCUUGAGAGGAUAAGUGAUGUACAUAAGUGUAGGCUCAAAAACUUUAUAUUACUUCAUAAGUACAAAAUACGGCAAAACUUCAAAAAAAAGCUAUGUUUCAGUACAAUCAGAAGAGAGGAAACCGCAUUUAUAAAAACAUUGGAGAAGGUUGAAUGUUGUAUGGAGAAACCUAGGUUUUAA